AUGGAGGGUGAAGACAUCUUGUAUGAAGUAAGAGGUAAGGUUACCAUCAUUACUUUCAACAUUCCACAAAAGUUGAAUGCCCUUAAUGGAGAACAAUACUUAUUGUUGGCCAAGUUGGUUGAAAGAGCAGACAAGGAAGAAGACACUAUUUUGACCUUGAUUCAGUCCAGUGGACGUUUCUUCUCGGCUGGCGCAAACUUCGCCGAUAAAAGUCUUGCUAAUACCGAUGCAGCAGACUUAUUUUCUCACGAGUACUGGUUGAACAGAUUCGUCGCCAGAAACACCUACCUUACUGAAUUGUUCCAUAACCACCGCAAGAUAUUGGCUGCUGCUGUUAACGGCCCUGUCAUUGGUUUAUCUGCUUCCCUCUUGGCAUUGUGUGACUUGAUCUAUGUCAAGGAAGAAAAAGACUUCUACAUUUUGACUCCAUUUGCAAACUUGGGAUUGGUCGCAGAAGGUGCUGCCUCUGCAACCCUCUUCUUGAGAUUGGGCUGGUCGAAGGCUUCUGAGGCAUUGUUGUUAGCUAAGCCAAUCAGUGGUAAGGAUUUGAAUAACUUGGGUUUUAUCAACAAGACUUACGAUGGACAGUUCAAGACCACUGAAGAAUUCAACCAAGCGGUCCAUGAUGAAUUGGUUAAUGCCUUUGAAAACUUGCACUUUGACUCUAUUAUUCAAAACAAACAACUCUUGAAGCUGAACAGAGAUCAAUUGAUAACUAGCGCCAACUCCAAGGAAGUUAUCAGGGGGUUUAACAAGUGGAUCGAAGGUGUUCCUCAAGGUAGAUUUGUACAGUUGGCGCAAAAGGACAUCAAGCACAAGUUCUAA